AUGAUCAGUGAAGAUGUGAACAACCUACAGCAGAUUUUAGAAAAGUGGAGGGAAGCUCUGGAAACAUCUGGUCUGCGAAUAAGCAGAGAGAAGACCGAGUACAUGCACUGCAACUUUAGUGGCGUCAACAGCAAACACACCAUCUGUCUGCAGAACACCCAGCUAAAAGAAGUGGACCAUUUCAAAUACCUAGGGUCAAUCAUCAGUAAAGAUGGGUCGAUAGACACUGAUGUCACCCAUCGCAUAAAUACUGGGUGGAUGAAAUGGAGAGAACUAUCCGGCGUGCUAUGCGAUACCCGAAUGCCCGUGCGCAUAAAGGGACGAGUAUACAGAGCAGCCGUCAGACCAGCCAUGACAUACGGAUCCGAAUGCUGGCCGCUCAAAAAGCAGUACGAAAACCAAUUGCACUGCGCUGAGAUGAAGAUGCUCAGAUGGGCAGGUGGUGUAACUAGGCUGGACCAUUGUAUCCACAGCGUGGGGCUGACGCGAGCUCGCCUCGCUGGCGCGCGCUACGCCGUGGGAGAUGUCCUGGUGUUCCUGGACUCCCACUGCGAGGGCCAGCCGGACUGGCUGCGGCCACUCCUCCAGCGCACCAAGGACGACCCUCGGGCCGUGGUGGUGCCCAUCAUCGACGUCAUCGACGCCUCCAACUUCUACUACAGCGUUCAGGACCAGGUCUCAUUCCAGGUUGGAGGAUUCACCUUCAUGGGCCACUUCACGUGGAUCGAGGUGCCCGAGCGAGAGAAGAAGAGGCGCGGCUCGGACAUAGCGCCCACGUGGUCUCCAACCAUGGCGGGCGGCCUGUUCGCGAUCAACCGCGCGUACUACUGGGAGCUGGGAGCGUAUGACGAGCAGAUGGCCGGCUGGGGCGGCGAGAACCUCGAGAUGUCCUUCCGCAUCUGGCAAUGCGGCGGCACCCUGGAGACGAUCCCUUGCUCGCGGGUGGGCCACGUGUUCCGCAGCUUCCACCCCUACGGGCUACCAGCGCAGUCCGACACGCACGGUAUCAACACAGCCAGAAUGGCCGAAGUGUGGAUGGACGAGUAUGCCGAACUGUUCUACCUGCACCGACCGGACUUGAGGAAAAACCCCAAAAUCGGUGACGUGACCCACCGCAAGAUUCUCCGCGAGAAGCUGAAGUGCAAGAGCUUCCAGUGGUACCUGGACAACGUGUAUAAAGAGAAGUUUGUGCCCGUCAGAGACGUGUAUGGAUACGGAAGGUUCGUGAACCCAGCCACCAACAUGUGCCUGGACACGCUCCAGCGCGAAGGCAGCGCGUCCCCGCUCGGCGUGUACCCGUGCCACGCGCGUCUGCAGGCCACGCAGUACUUCAGUCUGUCCGCCCGCGGGGAACUACGAGACGAGGAGGCCUGCGCCGAGCUGCAGCACUCCAGAGAUACUCCGAUUGAAAAAGGGCGACGUGUGCUGAUGUCAAACUGUCACGGAAAACUUAGAGGACAGAAAUGGCGCUACCUUCCCUCCGGUCAGCUACAGCACGCCGCUACGGGCCUGUGUCUGGACGCGGGUUAUGACGCAGGUGCUGACGUCAUGGCGCGCCCGUGCGGGUCGAACGCGCCCGCGCAGAGAUGGAAGAUCGACUAUAAUCAGGACAACGACUUCAGGCUAGAUAUGCUCGCUACAGCACGCCGCUACGGGCCUAUGUCUGGACGCGGGCUAUGA